AUGGGCAGCCCAUGUCCACCUGCAGAGCUCCUCGUCCUCGUCUCCUCCCCCUUCCCGCGGGUCCCGACCCCCGGAUCGGAGCCACGCCGCCGGCGUCCAGCCAGCAUUCCUCACCGCCAGAAGCUUUAUUAUUGCAUCCGGUGCACUGAGUGUGGAAGCCAGUCCAUUGAAGAUUCACAAGCAGAUGUUGCAGUUCUCCUUAGAAGGCUAAUUCGCGAUGAAAUAAAAUCUGGCAAGAGUGAUAAGGAGAUAUACGAAAAAUUAGAAGACGACUUUGGCGAAACGGUUCUAUAUGCCCAAUUUGAUAUUCAAACUGCCGCUAUAUGGUUAUCGUCGGUUAUUGUGGGUGGGGUUGCAGCUGGUAUCUGGGCUUACCAAAAGCAUAGGCAAAGGACUAACGUUCACAUUAUGGCUCUGAACCUUGUCCGAGGGGUUCCCCUGACUCCAAGGGAGAAGGAGACGAUGAUUGACAUCCUUACGCCGCCUCCACUAACUAGGAGAUGGUGGUGGCCUAUCAAGUGAUGUUCAUGUCCUCAGAUGCAACAUAUAGUACUAAUUUGCAGUGUUAGCAUUAUAUGGAUGAUCAGGAUGGCUGAAUUUGGCGCAUGAUUUUGGUCUACAUCUCACAUCCUUGGGAGGCCUUUCGCAGAUCCUGCAAUUCGCAUGCAGGUUGCGGGGCAUUGGAAGUUUAAAGAAUAGCCUGCUGUUGAAGUGUAGGGGUAGUUGCUUACUUCCCAGGUGCUGUUGAACUGACAAACAUGUAUCGCCGCUAUUGAUCCUCAUGUAGCAGAACUUUGUCCCCAAAAUAAGCUACUCGUACGAUUUCUUAUUUCCUCUGACAUCCACUCUAACAAAUCCUCUCUAUGGUUAUGUGUCCCUAAAAUUUUCAGACGAGCUUCUAAAACAAGCCUGUCGUCCUCUAUAUUUGUGGAUGGGUAGACGAUCCUCUGUAUUUUUCAGGUAGUUGACGCCAAGGACAGUUCCCCCAACCGCCUGCACUCCUGCCUUGCCUCUCUGCCACGCCAGAGCCCAUGUGUGCCGACGCCGACCCUUCCUGGCUGUCCUGAUGCUCUCGCGCCGCCAGUGCUGCUGACCCUAGCCUAAUGCCGUCAGCCGCCCCAAGCAGUCCCACCACACCCUCGAGCUCUUCCGCAGAUGAGGAUCGGUUGCCGCUGCGCUUCUUGGUGCCAAGACAGUGGAGCUUGGGGACGGUGUAGCCGUGUAGGGCCGCUCCGAGGGAGGAACUUGUCGAGGGAUUCAGGGAGAGGACCUGCACCACCAGGCACAACAGCAAAGGCAGA